AACACGAGUUAGAAACCGGCGAGCGACACGCGACAAGAGCGGGCUCGAAUUGGAAAACUUAACCAAAUCGGAAUCCAAAUCUUUCAGUUCCGCCAAUUCCCCUCUUUUUGCAAACCCUAGAAGGGUUUUUGCAAACCAAUUCCUUUGUGUAUUUGCCUAUAUUCUGCUCCGCGAAGCUUUUGUGUUAGAUCUGAAAGAAGAAGAAUGGAGUUUGGGGGGCGCAAGAGAGGACGACAAGACGGUGGUUGGAAUGGAGCUCCUAAGAGACCUAGAGACGAAAUGGAGUCGUUUACACCAGGUGUAGGAAGCAAAUCAAAGCCGUGCACGAAGUUUUUCAGCACUUCCGGUUGCCCAUUUGGUGAGGGAUGCCACUUCCUCCACUAUGUCCCUGGCGGCGGCGGUGGGAAACAACUUACAAACAUGGGAGUGGGACCCGCCCUCGGAAGAAAACCGCCCUUUGCCGCCGAUACUCCGGUGAAAAGCAAGCUAUGCAACAAAAUCAACACCCCAGAAGGAUGCAAAUUUGGAGACAAAUGCCGUUUUGCUCAUAGUGAAGUGGAGCUGACUCUGAGUAGUAAAAAUAAACCGUUUUACCAAGAUCCCCGAGCUCAGCUGAGUACUGCCGCUGGUCCUGGUCCUGGUCCGGUCAGCUAUGGUGGUGGUGGUGUGGCUGCCGCCAACUUUGGUCAGUCAGCCACCGCGAAGAUCAGCAUAGAUGCGGCCUUGGCGGGACCCAUUAUAGGGAAGGGUGGGGUGAAUUCUAAGCAGAUAUGCCACCUUACAGGGGUGAAGCUUGCUAUAAGAGAUCAUGAAACUGAUCAGAACCAAAGGAAUAUUGAGCUUGAAGGGACUUUUGAUCAGAUUAAGCAGGCCAGUGCUAUGGUGCAUGAACUCAUUGUCAACCUUGGUACUAAUGGUGCUCCGCCAAGAGGCGGUGGUGGUUUUCAGCAGCAGCAGGGCCAUGCCCAUGCUGGUGUGAAUAAGAUUAAGACAAAGAUAUGUGAAAAUUUUGUCAAGGGACAGUGUACGUUUGGGGAGAGGUGUCAUUUUGCACAUGGCCAAAAUGAGCUUCGUAGGUAGGUAGGGGGAAAACCUGUCAUUUCAUGUUGUGGUUUGGGGGAGGACAUAACUUAUGAGAUUUUGUUGUAGGAAGGUAUUUUUUAGGAGGCUUGAUAUUGCUAUAAGUUUUGGUAAACUUUUUUUUUUCUUUAUCAUUAUUAUUAUAUUGCCGUUAUUUCC